GACGUCGGAGUUACACUACACAGCUAAUCCUCUUUUCCCCUCGUCGUUUUAAGAAACACACCCAUGACACGGCGGAUUUGAUCUCGGGGGGGAGAACCCGGGUUCGCCAGGAGUCACAAUCUCACUUCGGGUCACUUUCCUCCCUCCCUUCCCCUCCUCCCCCUCCGCCCAUCACAGCGCCGGUUGCCAUGGAGAACUCUUCGGUGGCGUCUGCAUCGUCUGAGGCUGGCAGCACACGCUCGCAGGAGAUAGAGGAGCUGGAGCGCUUCAUCGACAGCUAUGUGCUGGAGUACCAGGUGCAGGGGCUUCUGGGAGACAAGGCAGAUGGAGACUUGGACUUGGACAAUGGCGGCAAGGUGCCACAGUGGACAGAUGACUUCAACGACAAGAGAGAUGGCAGCUGGACAUCAUCACGAGGAAGAGGCUCAUCUAAGCCGGACGAGUGGGAACACAGCAGUAACGGCAGUACAGGUUCCAGGCCCAGUUCAGGGUCCAGACCUGGAUCUGGCUCACGCUCCGGCAGCAGGGGCCGAAACAACCAGUUCAAAGUUCCAGCUAAGAAUGGGAACAGAGAUGGCUCCUUUGACAUCCUGGGAACAGACAUAUGGGCCGCUAACACAAUGGACUCACAUGGAGGUGCAGGUUGGGACGUACAGCCAGAGAAGCUGGACUUCAGCCAUUUCCAUAGGAAACAUUUCAGAGGAACGCCAAAGCACCUGCCACACAUUGACAGAGAGGGGAUGAACAAAAACAAGUUUGAGGAAGAUGACGGCAUAGACAUGAAUGACAUAGAGAGGUUCUUACCCCAUCUGCGCUCUGUCUUCCCACCACUUCCUAAUGAGGCUGAGAUCGCACACACCAAAAAGCUCUUCCGACGCAGGAGGAAUGACCGACGAGUGUUUGAUCAGUUCUCCCGAGACCAGUUAACCAUACUUCUACCCACUGGCCCAGGGGGAAGGCGGCAAGUCUCAGCCAGGAGACAGCAGCGGCCUCAGGGAGGAGGAGGAGGAGGAGGCGGAGGAGGAGGUGGAGGUGGUGGUGGAGGCGGAGGAGGAAAGAACCAGCCUCAGCAGGUACAGCAACAGUCACCACAGCAGCAGAGGGCUCAACCCCAGCAACAGUCUCCAAACCAACAGCAGCCGAAUUUAAUAGAACUGGGAGAUAACAGAAACAAUAGCGCCGGUCGGCCGCCUCGCCAGUACCAAGGAGGACAUGGGCAGCGCCAAGGAGGACCCCCACACCACGGAUACAGCCAGAACCGGCGUUGGCACCACAAUCAGAAAGGUCAGGGACACGGACAGACAAACGCUGCAGGUGAUAAAGGAGUACCCCCAAGAACAACCAAAGACAAAGAGACUGAGAAUGUAAAACUGGGUGAUGAGCAGAUCAGAUCACCUCAAGACUGCAGCAGUAAGAGUCCCAAUGAAUCACCCAAAUCUGACUCAGCGCCCAGUUCAAAUGUUUUCCCAGACCUGACAGUUAACAAGGAGUCUCCCAACCCACCGCGAAGUGGAAAGGCAAGCGAGGGCCAGUCGGAGCAGCCCAAAAUCAGCCUGCUGCAGUCGUCAAAGGAAAGGCUGAGGAGGAGACUAAAGGACAAGGAGGAGGCACGCGUGGAGAACUCGGGCUCCGGAUCGCGGAGCAUGGACCGGCUGGUGGACCUUCUCAACAGCAUGAGGAGCAACAGCAGCGGGGUGGAGCAGCAGCUGGCCUCCUUCAUGGAGGAGGCGCAGUGCUCGGCACGGUCCGAGGAGACCCUGGCUCAGGUGGUCAGCACCAUCUACUCCAAGGCCGUGUCAGACAGGAGCUUCGCCGCAACAGCCGCCAAGCUCUGCGACAAGAUGGCGCUGUUCAUGGUGGAGGGGACCAAGUUCAGGUCGCUGCUGCUCAACAUGCUGCAGAGGGACUUUUCCCGUCGUGAGGAGCUCCAGCAGUCGGAUGUGGAGCGGUGGUUAGGUUUCAUCACCUUUUUGUGCGAGGUGUUUAGUACCAUGAGGAGCAGCUCCAGCGAGCCAUUCAGGGUGCUGGUGUGUCCCAUCUACACAUGCUUACGAGAGCUGCUCGAGUCAACAGAUGUUAAGGAAGAUGCAGUCCUCUGUUGCUCCAUGGAGUUGCAGAGCGCCGGGCGUCUCCUGGAAGAGCAGCUCCCUGAGAUGAUGACAGAGCUCUUAGCGGCUGUCAGGGACAAGAUGCUUUGUCCGGCCGAAUCUCAGCUGACUCGCUCGCUGCUCAUGGAGGUCAUCGAGCUGCAUGCACACCGCUGGAGCCCCCUGGAGGCCCUCACCACCCAAUACUACAACCGUACCAUCCAAAAGCUCACCACCACUGCCUAGGUGCCAGCUCCCGCAGGAGUAGAGGAGACAAGGCCCCCCCCCCUGGAUGCCCCGGCGAGACAUUUUCUACUUUUUAAUUACGACAACAUCACCCUCUUGCCUAAAAUUAAAGAAUGGGUAACGAGCUUAACUGUAAAUUCCACAAUUACUCCAAGACGGGAGACCACUGCCGCAAACAAAGCGUACACAAGCCACCAGACAGGUCCUCCUGAGCCAUCAAGGCAUCAACACUACAUGUGGCGCAUUUGACACACAUUUGAGAAAACAGUAGGUGAUACGUGGCCAGUAGGGGCGUGCUUGGCCACACAGAGUCUGGGCGCUCGCCUGGCCGUGGCU